UGUUGAGAAACUACGUUGGAAACUAGCAAUAUAUAUGUAUUUAAUUUUUGAUAUUUUGACUGCUUUUAAACAUGAAAACUGUGUUAAUGGUGGCAGAAAAGCCCUCACUGGCACAAUCAAUUGCAAAAUUCUUGUCAAAUGGAAAGAUGAUAACAAGAAAAGGUUUCAACAGUGCGUGUUGUAUUCAUGAAUACAAUGGUACAUUUCAGGGCACUGCAGCAAAAUUUAAAAUGACUUCAGUUUGUGGUCAUGUCAUGGCACUAGAUUUUCACCACAAAUACAACAAUUGGGAUGCAGUUGAUCCAAUCGAACUCUUCCAGGCUAAAACCUUAAAAAAGGAAGCAAAUCCUAAACUGAAUAUGGUUAAAUUUUUACAGCAUGAGGCAAAAGGUGUGGAGAUUGUUGUUUUGUGGUUAGAUUGCGAUAAAGAAGGGGAAAAUAUAUGUUUUGAAGUUUUGGAGUGUGUUGAACCAGUUAUGAGUAAACUCCGUAAUUACCAGCAAACUGUAUUUCGUGCUAAGUUUUCCGCCAUCACUGAAACUGACAUUAAGCAUGCAAUGAACAAUCUAAUUGAACCAGAUGAAAACCAAGCCCGGUCAGUUGAUGCCAGACAAGAGCUUGAUCUGAGAAUUGGAUGUGCUUUCACAAGGUUUCAGACAAAAUAUUUUCAAGGAAAGUAUGGUGAUCUUGAUAGCAGUUUGAUUUCAUAUGGCCCAUGUCAAACCCCAACCCUAGGUUUCUGUGUUCAGCGACAUGACUUAAUUACUUCAUUCAAGCCUGAACCAUUCUGGGUUCUUCAGUUGAAGGUGGAACAUUCCCUUGGUAAAACAUUCCCAUUAGACUGGGAGAGAGUUAGAGUUUUUGACAAAGACGUUGCUACAGUAUACUACAGUAAAGUGCAGGAAGUGAAUGAGGUAAUUGUUGAGAGUGUCUCAAAAAAGGAGAAGGCAAAGCAACGUCCACAAGCAUUGCAUACAGUUGAAAUGCUUAGAGUUGGUUCAUCUGCAUUGGGUAUGGGACCACAACAUACAAUGCAAAUUGCUGAGAGCUUGUACACCCAGGGAUACAUUAGUUAUCCAAGGACAGAAACCACACAUUAUCCUGAGAAGUUUGAUCUCCGUGGAACCUUGCAGCAACUUCGAGGUGGACCAACGUGGGGUGCCAAUGUGUGUGAGCUUCUGCAAACCGGAUUGAACAAACCUAGAAAAGGUCAUGAUGCUGGAGACCAUCCACCUAUCACACCAAUGAGACUAGCUAGAGAAGGUGAACUUAGCGGAGAUGCCUGGAGAUUGUAUGACUAUAUUGUCAGACAUUUUAUUGCAACCUUAAGCCCUGAUUGCAAGUUCCUCCAGACAAAGAUUUCCUUUACAGCUGAUGAAGAGUUGUUCAGUUUCAGUGGUAAAACUCCAAUUGAUCCUGGGUUUACAUCCAUCAUGCCCUGGGCAGCCAUACCUGCUGAAGAAACCAUUCCGCCUCUUGAGAAGGGAGCACGUUGCAAGGUGUCUGAGUUGAAAGUUGUUGAACGACAAACAUCUCCACCUGACUACCUCACAGAAAGCGAGCUGAUCACACUGAUGGAGAAACAUGGCAUUGGCACAGAUGCAAGCAUUCCUGUCCAUAUCAAUAAUAUUACACAACGUAAUUAUGUCCAGCUCCAUAGUGGUCGCAGGCUUAUCCCAACAAAUCUUGGCAUUGUGCUGGUUCAUGGCUACCAGAAAAUUGACCAAGAGUUAGUAUUGCCUACCAUGAGAUCAUCUGUUGAAGAAACUCUUACACUUAUUGCUAUUGGAAAGGCAAAUUUUGAAGCUGUAUUAACACACACAAUUGACAUAUUCUGCCGAAAGUAUUCAUAUUUUGAGAAGUGCAUUACCAAUAUGGAUGAACUUUUUGAAGUUUCAUUUACAAAGUUAGCAGACACAGGCAAGGCUUUGUCUCGUUGUGGAAAGUGUGUUCGUUACAUGAAAUUAGUUAGUGCUAAGCCAAUAAGAUUGCACUGUUCAAAUUGUGAUGAAACAUACAGCCUGCCCCAGAAUGGAACUAUCAAGCUUUAUAAAGAGUUGAAAUGCCCUUUAGAUGAUUUCGAGUUGGUUGUUUGCUCAACAGGUAGUCAAGGAAAGACAACGCCAAUCUGCCCAUAUUGCUACAACAACCCUCCCUUUCCAGGCAUGAAAAAAGGUAUGGGCUGCCCUGAAUGUCUUCACCCCACUUGCAAGUUCUCACCUGCCACCCUGAGUGUUUGUCCAUGUCUUACAUGUGAAGAGGGAAUGGUGGUUAUGGAUAUCAUGUCUGGUCCAAAAUGGAAAAUGGCUUGCAAUAAAUGCAACAUGGUUAUUCACAUGUUCGAAGAUGCUUUUAAGGUUUCAUUAUCAGAAGAUGGUUGUGAUGAUUGUGGGGCGUCUCUCAUUGAUGUCACCUUCCAUCGAAACAAGUCUCCUCUUCCUGAUGAGAAAACAGAACACACAGGUUGUGCAUUCUGUGAUCCAGUGUUUGAGCCAAUGGUGAAGUUUGAUAUGGCAAAAGGAAAACAUCCAAUGUUUCGUCGUGGGAGAGGAGGAAGGCGUGGCCGUGGACGGGGCAGGCGUGGCAGAGGCGGAAAAGGAAAACCCAAGGAUAAAAUGGCACAGCUUGAUGCAUUUUUCUUGUAAAGAGAAAUCACUAUUAAUGUUCUGUUCUCCGUCUGUUCUGUGUAAGGAACCUUUGAAUGUUACAGACGUACUCUAGAGUACUUACUUAUUUGUCAGGAGCGUUUGACUUUUUUUAAUCAGGGCUCAAAUUAACGGCCGAUCAACGAACAAUAGCCACUUAAAAGGGCUUUGUCUUUGAGCCUUUUUUGACCGGUAAAUUUGUUUGCCGAUCAUUUUGACCGACUGCAUUUGAUUAAUAGUAGAAAUAUUGUCUUUUGAGUUCUUUUGAGUGAAAUAAAAUAGCAAUUGCUGUAGUAACACUUUGUCGUUGAUCUAAAUCAA